AUGGGUUUAAUGAAGAACUCAGAAGCUACAGAAAUUACCUUCACCUGGACGCUUGACGUUAAAGAAGUCACUAUUUCAAAAUUAUUGGGGUCAGGAGGCUUUGGAAGUGUGUAUGAAGCGACUUACAAGAACACUAAAGUCGCGCUUAAGCAACUGCACACAAACUGCAAGAACAAGAAAGCUGCCAUGCAAAGUUUUAGAGCGGAGACAAGACAUGAAGUUUUAGCACUCAUGAAUCAUCCUAAUAUUGUCAAAACUCUUGCAGUUUCAAACGCUUCUUCGCUGGACGAUGAACCUUGUUUUAUUAUGGAAUACGUCAGCACAAUGACUUUACAGCACGCACUCAAUAAUCCUCUCGAGAAAUUUGAUGAUUUUAGGAGAAUCAAAAUAGCAACACAAAUUGCGCGGGCCUUAGUUUAUGUUCAUCAAAAUGGCAUUGUACAUCUUGACUUAAAACCUGUAAAUGUUUUAAUGACAACAGACGGUGAUUGCAAGAUUGCUGACUUUGGCUGUUGUCAGUAYAUCGAGGACCGUCCAAACACUCCUUCCCGCAGCUACGUCACAGGGACUAUUGCGUACCGAGCACCUGAGCUCCUAAAAGGAGAGGACCCUACAUACAAAGCUGAUGUCUAUUCAUUUGGAAUAUGUCUAUGGCAGCUCUGGACGCGGGAUACCCCUUACAAAGUCCUAAACCAUCAAGUUGUUAUAUUUCGUGUCGUAGCUUGYAAUUUAAGACCMGCAAUUCCCGAGGGACUGGAUAACCGUUACGUAGACCURAUGACGUCAUCAUGGGCAGCCAAAGGCGACGACCGUCCMGAUAUGGAGAAUAUCKCAARCACACUCKCAAGUUGGUCAGUAAAGCAAGAACAUACUUAA